AUGGGAAAAACCCAUGGUCGACCCAACACUAAUCCCAUAGCUACCAAUCCACCACUACCAUCAUAUGCUCAAACCGCAUCCACCAAACCCACUCAGGUCGCAUCCAUCCUGUUUUCCACCCUCCCUGCCUCACCCUCUCAUGUUUGGCACGAAAGCACCACACCCCACUCUAUUUUCUUUAACCCCCCAAUUGGCACUCCCCAAGAAGAUGCUUUCUGGGACUCACUUCUUGGCUCUAUGCAUCUUACCGACUCUACUACAUGUCUGGACAUUUGCUCCAAAGGCUUCCUGGUCAACGAUGAACGGUUUUUCCCUUCCCAAGGAAUACACACUGGUACCAAAAUUCUUUGCCUCUACCUCACAAAACUCCCCUUCCUCCCUCGUCAAGUCCUUGAACAGCUCAUUAAGGACAGCCUUGCCAAGUAUGGUAUUGUCUGCGAAAUUGGCAUCCAUCUUCGUCACAGUUGCUUUGAUAGCACUGGAUACGCCUACAUCGAACGACCCCCAUCACCCACAAUAUUGCUUCUCCCCUUAUCGUACAAGAUCCCCACCUCCGACUCCACCCAUUUCCUGGCUACGUGGACACGCAUGGGUUCUCACUGCACGUAUUGCCGUGCCAUGGGCCACAACAUCGAAGCCUGUCCUAUCCACCCCCAAGACUCCCGCAAAUGUUUUACCUGCCACGAAACUGGUCACCUUCAAAACACAUGUCCACGAACACCUGCUACAGAAUCCGGACCGUCCAAACGCUCCUGGAAACUACCCAGGACUAUUUUGUCCGCCCAAGACCCAAAGACCCACCCACCACCUCCCCCAGCCCCACACCCUGACUCUGCAGCCCAAUCUAAGACGGCAAAACCUCUGACAUCGUCCCUCUCCGAGACAACCCAACCAAAGCGCACCUACACUACACGUGCAUCCCCAGGCAUAGAAACCGCCAAUCCUUUCGCGGUACUCGCUGAAAUCUUCAAGGCAGCCAAAUCUCACGCGGCUCAAACUCAGGAGAAAUCUGACACCAACCCCGCCAAUUCCCCGUCCACUCUUCUUUACCACAACCUGCGGACUGCCUUCAUCCCAGAGGGCUCUGGUUCCAGUCCCACUAUCCUUGACAAAGAAUUCUACGAAAGCACCUUCGGGCUUGUCAAAUCUGGCAACCCUCAAACUCGAUCCCAUUUUAUAUGCUACCUUUGCUCACUCACCCUAGAUAUCCUAGCCUUGCAGGAAACCCACACCCACACGGAAGACCUCCAACAAACAUUCACCCUAAAAUUUCAAGCCAAAGAUUCCUUGUGGUCUCCCCACUGCGGACUGGUUUCCGUGUUGCCUUUUCUAUCCUUCACUGACUCCCUUUUCUCUUUGUGUCACCAAUGCAUCACGGCCACUGUUGUUCACUCCUCCAAUUUGUCCUCUCCUUUUUGUGUUUGCGUUCUGUAUGCACCGGCCACCGUCUGCCCUCGCUAUGACUUCCUUACGUCUCUUCUGUCUUCCCCCCACCUGGUCCCUUCUAAACCUUCUCAAUUCCUAAUGCUUGGUGAUUUCAACUACGACUCCCAUGCUGCAGCCCCCAGGGUCCAUUUAGCUCCGAAGUCUUGGCUACAGUUCGUGGCAAAUACUCUUGUCGAUUGCAUUACCCCCUCGCUCUCGGCACCAAUGCCCACCUUCCACCAUGACAUGUCCUCAUCCACCAUUGAUUACAUCUACGCCUCUACCGACCUCGCUCAUUGUUAUGGCUCCUCCACAGUCACUUAUGUGCAGCCACUAUGGACUGAUCAUUGCCUUGUCCGGACUUGUCUUCACUUUCCCACCCUCUCCAACAUCAGCAAAGGCCUGUGGCGUGCCAACCUGCGUCUAGCUCACAAUUCAUCCUUCUGUUCCGCCCUCUCUCAUUGUCUGACCUCUUUUGUCCCAACUCUCCCCUAUAACUCCUCCCUACAAAUCCAAUGGGAUCUCCUCAAACAGGAAGUGGCUCGUUUCACUUGCUCUUUCUCUUGCAAAUCCCACCCCUCCCUUGCUACACUGGAAGUCAAGUUGCAAAGUAAACGUGACCACCUGAUCCACAGAUUUCGCCACCAACCCUCCCAGAACUUCCAACUUCCCAUUGUCAAACGUCAAAUCCAACAAAUCCAACAAAUCCAACAGGAAUGCAUCGAAAUUCUUGCACUUCGAGCUGGGAGACACUGGCGCGAACAAGGUGAAACUUCGGCUGGUUUUCUGAAAUGUACUAUCACCAACCGUCAAGCCCACACGACCAUCACCAGUCUUCGACACCUCACUACGGAUACACUCUGCACCUCCAAAGAGGACCUCACCGACGCUGCUGCAACCUUUUACCAGGACCUAUACACCCCGACGCUCCUUCACAAACUGCAAUUGACAACCUACUCACCCAUCUACCACCCUCCCUUCAUCUGUCUGAGACUACCUCUGCAUCUCUACUUCUACCUCUCGCACUCUUCGACAUUCAAGCUGGGGCUAGCCGUGCCCCCAAUUCCAGCAGCCCCGGCCCUGAUGGACUCCCAUACAAGAUACUACAAUUGA